CUCAGUCGGUUUCACGCUGUAUAAACGCACAGGUCACUUUGUUAGAUCUGCUACCCCCUGAUCUUCAGCCUGCUCUGAGGGAAGACUUCCUGGGUGACACAACCUUUGUGCUAAAAUGUCUGGCAUCAAAGAACUUUGGGCCAUUUAAAUUUGGUCCAAACUGUAAAUAUCAUCCAUGCGUACUUUCAGUUUAUCAGCUGCAGCUGGUCCAGUUCAGCUCCUUACAGAUGGUUCAGUAGAGAUGUAUGAAGGUCCAUCAGCUGCAUUGCCUGUGCUGGAAUAGUCAAACAGGCAUACUUACCAUCAGGUUGUCGAUCUUCUGUUGGGUGACCUUCAAGGUCGAGCUACUUUCCUGCCUCAAGCCUCCAUCGGCCAUCUAAGAAGCAUGUCUGAGUCUGUUCCUUUGCUGCUUUGUGCUCUGGAUCCUGUAACCAGUCAUACCACAAAAUGGAACGAGCUGAAAAUGGACAAGAGCUCCCUGCAUGAUGCUCCUGUGUCUGAUUUCAGGCAGAAUGGACAUUGUGAAUGCAGACAGAGUUCAGACAUGUCUCCUGGAGCAGGUCAGGACAUGGAGGUGUCAUCCCUGGAUCGCAGAGCAGCUGUUCAUAGUGAUUCUCAGAUGGAGGCAGAGAAUGUAAAAGACUGUGGAGCUAAAAUACCUCAGCAGAAAGACGAGAGCCCUGCAGAGACCCCAACAGUCCUGGACAAAUGUUGUCAUAAACGUCUGCCUGCAUCUAUGAAUACACCAGAGGACGUGCUAAGAGUAGUAAAACACCACCCAAGCGCCAUUGUGUUCUGUGAUUACGACUGUGGGACUGGCAAUCAGGUCAUCAACGAGAGCUCUGAUGGCGGAGAGUCAUCGUCAUCCACUUCUAAAGAGGCGGAGGGCGAAGACGGUGAUGAUGAUGACUUUCCUGCAACGUUACAAUAUAAGGAAUUCCUGGUCAGCCGUCGUCGUAGAAACUUUAGCAGGAACAGGAAGUGCUUAAGGAGGAGACAGGAUGCCCAGCCUAACAGCACACCAUUUGACUGGCAAAAACUCAACAAGGGCAAACCUGGGUUCACAGGUAGCCAGGAGGAGGAGGACACAUGGGAGAAGAAUGGAAAACAGGCUUCUGCGUGUGACUCCAUGACCCUGCUGAUGAAAAAGUUGGACCACCUCAAUGAGGGCAUCCAAGAAGUCCAAGGCGCAAUUUCCUCCUACUCAAACGAGGCCAGUGCUGAUGAGGAGCAGCAGAGCACCACAGGUACUGUGGCUGUAGACAGGAUGGUAAGCCGAGUAAAUCAGGAUCAGGGAACCUCCAGAUUUCCAGACAAAUCUGAGCCACUGUCCAGGCGCUGCUUAAGACCUUUGACCCGCAGCAGACCACUGACGCGCUCGUCCCUCUCAUCCCCUAUACACCUGCAGGCCCGCCGGGCUAGGGCUACUGGAAAGAUGACCAGCGACUCGGCAGAGAUUGAGGCUAAGGAGGCUUGCGACUGGCUUCGAGCAGCAGGAUUUCCACAGUACGCUCAGCUGUAUGAAGAUUCCCAGUUUCCGCUUGACAUUUCAUCUGUUAAAAGGGACCACGACUUUUUGGACCGGGAUCUGGUGGAGCCUCUUUGUCGGCGUCUGAAUACUCUGAACAAGUGUGCCUCCAUGAAACUGGACGUCAGUCAACCCAAGAAGAAAGGUGAUGACUCCGAUGAAGAUGAUCCAUUGGCUAUCAGUAAAAGGUGGACGUUCGAGUGGAGCAGCCGACGCUGGUCUCGGCUACAAGACUUCCUGUCUGACAGCACCAAUGAAAGCAGCCCGACAGGUCAGGGGGAGGGUCUGCACAGCACAGUGAGCAGCGAGAGCGUGCUGACAGACCUGAGUGAGCAGGAGAUCACGGAAAUCUCCUCGCUACACAGUGAGGACUCCGCCUCUGCCAUGCCCGACUCCAUAUCGAUGGCCUCCCUCUCUGCUUCCUAUCAACCGCCACGGGAGCUCCCACACUAUAACUCCCUGCCGAUCAAAAGCAGCCGCCAUGGGCAAGGGAGGCGGAAUAAAGCCAAAGAGUUUUUGCGGCGAAUGGAAAUAAUGCGUACUUGGGGGCCAUCGACGAGGCGCAAGGGCUCAAACCGCAGGCCACCGCUGGUCAUCAGCGGGCCGGUGUUACAGGGGGAGGAACCUCAGGCGCUGCAGAUGCUCCAGUGUACGCCUAUCAGCCAAUUAGAGCAGAGCCCUAAACACAACCACCAAACUGAUGGUGACAUUUCCCCUGACUCUCUUAGCAAGGAUUGUAAAGACCAGGUCACAGUGAGUGUGAGCCCCAGCAACGAGACUGUGGAGCUCCCUGUGAAGGAGCCUGUGUGCAUAAAGCCCCGCACUGCCAGCAAGAGAAGCAGCAUGUAUCUGGAGGAUAUGGUGUUGCCUUCUCAGGGUAAAAGGACCGAAGGUCAGAGCCAGUUUGGCAGACACCAGUUUCACUCAUAUGAAAACCUCCUCAUUCACAUCCCCAAAGACCAUAAACCAGGCACCUUUCCAAAAGCCCUCUCCAUAGAAAGCCUGGCGCCUUCCCCUGGUGACAGAAACAACGACCCUCACGUGCAUGCCCGAACUUCUCCCCGUGACAAUGGCCUGGGUGAACCCUGGUCUGGUAAACCUUUGUCUAAACCCUGUCCUGGAGCUCCACGGGGCAGCAGAGUGAGUGUUUAUGACAAUGUGCCAGGCUCCCAUUUGUAUGCCAGCACAGGAGACCUGCUGGACUUGGAGAAAGAGGACAAUCUGUUCCCUCACCUGGAUGACAUUAUCCAGCAUGUCAGUGGUCUGCAGCAAAUUGUGAACCACUGGAGCCGUAGCGUGCUGCCCGAAGGGGAGACGGGGGAGGGGGAGGAGGAAGGGGAGGGCCGGACCACUCCCAGCGAAGGUGAGAGAGACGGGGUCUCCUUAAAUGACACAGAUUCAACAGGGACCAGCCGGGAGAGGAGAGACUCUGGAGUUGGGGCCUCCCUCACAAGACCACGUCUACGAUGGCCCAGUUUCAGAACUUCAGAUCAUCUCAGCCAGCCGGCAUCUUCUCUGCAGAUCAGCAGCCAAUCAGCGGGCCAGCUUAGCCUGCUGCAAAAGUUUUCCCUGCUCCGCCUCACCGCCAUCAUGGAGAAAUACUCGAUGUCCAACAAACACGGCUGGACGUGGUCUGUGCCAAAGUUUAUGAAGCGCAUGAAGGUGCCAGACUACAAAGAGAAGAGUGUGUUCGGGGUUCCCCUCAUUGUCCAUGUCCAGCGCUGUGGUUUUCCACUCCCCCUGUGUUUACAGCAAGCCCUCAGCCACCUCAGAACACAUUGUCUGGACCAGGUUGGAUUGUUCAGGAAGUCCGGCGUGAAGUCUCGUAUUCAGGCGUUGAGGCAGCAGUGCGAGUUGUCUCCUGACUGCGUGAACUAUGAAGACCAAUCAGCUUACGAUGUUGCCGACAUGGUCAAACAGUUCUUCAGAGAUCUGCCUGAACCUCUCCUCACAAGCAAGCUAGGAGAAACCUUCCUGCAUAUUUACCAGUAUGUCCCAAAGGAGCAGAGACUGCAGGCCGUCCGAGCGGCCAUCUUGUUAAUGCCAGACGAAAACAGGGAGGUUCUGCAGACGCUGCUCUACUUCCUGCGUGACGUUACAUCAAUGGUGGAGGAGAACCAGAUGACACCCAUGAACCUGGCUGUUUGUCUGGGGCCGUCGCUCUUCCACCUCAGCAUACUGAAGAGCGAAGCCUUAUCACCAAGGUCAAUUCAGAGGAAGUACACUACAGGCCAACCCGAUCAGAAAGACCUCAGCGAGAACCUGGCUGCCACUCAGGGCCUGGCACACAUGAUCACCGAGUGCCAACGUCUGUUUCAGAUCCCAGAGGAAAUGGUGACCCAGUCCCACAACUCCUACAUGGAAGCUGAGCUGAUGGUGCCCCCGCUGGACGAGCUUUGCAAAGCUCACGAGGAGGAAGUGGAUGUGGACGAGGAAGAAGAAGAUGAGGAAGGAUCCUAUCAUGCACACCUAGAAAGGCUGAUCCAGAACCUGCUGAAAGAGGCCAAAGAUAAGAGCAAAGGCUGGGUGUCUCGCUCAACUACUGACCAUACAGAACUGUCAUUUAAAAAGGUAGGAGACGGUAACCCUCUGAGGAGGUGGAGAGUGUGUGUCGAGGUGUCGGCAGCUCCCGCUGAGGUGCUGCAUCGGCUGCUGAGAGAACGCCCGCUGUGGGAGACUGAAUUACAGCAGGAGAAGAUUCUGGAGACGCUGGACAAACAGACGGACGUGUACCUGUACUCCUGCUGCAACAUGCCACCUCAACCCACCUGUGAAUAUGUGGUACUAAGAUCAUGGCGUACAGACCUCUGUAAAGGCUCCUCUGCGCUUGUUAGUGUGUCUGUCGAUCAUGAAGACAGCCCACCGAUAGGAUCAGUGAGGGGGGUUGUGCUGGAGUCACAGUACCUCUUAGAGCCCUGUGGGACGGGGAGGACCAGACUCACCCAUAUCUCCAGAGUGGACCUCAGGGGAAGAUCUCCAGAAUGGUACAACAAGGCAUUUGGUCACCUAUGUGUUAACGAAGCCCAGAGGAUCCGCUCUUCUUUUCUCCCCGUUGACCAGACAAGCCCCGAGGCCAAGCUCUGAACCCCAGAAAUUAAGCUUUGUCUUGGGUCACACUGCCAAAGCAGCUGAGCCUGAGAACCAGUGACCCAGGAGGAUAAUCGCCCAGGCAGUGGACUUCAGCCUUUUCACGGUGCUGAGGCAUAGGAAGCUUUACUGUACCACACACAGACACACACAUUGAAGGAAAGAGUAUUUGUGUCAUUUUAUCAGGUGUCUUUAAACAACAUAUCACUACUUAUUUUUAUCAUAAAUCAUUAUUUUCCAAGCCUUUAAAAAACACAGAUUCAGUGUUUGUUUCCAGUAAAGUAAUUUAGUGAUUUGACACCAGGUCUCAUGUAUCCAUGUAGAUUAUAGAAACUACAUAUUAUUUUAUUAUUGUAUUUCUCUGAUUUAAUCUUCCAAAUCUUCCAGUGACGAGGUAAGGAAGCCAGCACCAGCAGGUAUGAUCAUGACGAUGCUGCUGCAGUGGUUGGGUUAGUGUUUAACCUUCACCUGAUCACUUUCAUGGUUACUGUAACAGAGUACCUAACAGAAAUGUACACCGAAGUUAAAUAUAAGUUAUAUUAGAACAUAUAAUAUAAAUUAUAUGAAUAUAAAUACAACAGAUAUUAAUUAUCUUAACUAAUUUUACAUGACCUGCCUGACAAAUAUACAUGACAAAUUUGAUCAAAGCAUUUCACAAUGUUUUCUAUUAAUAGAAAAUAGAUAAUACUUCUGUUCUGAUUCCAUUGUAGAGUAUUUAUAUAAAAAAAAUCACACAGCAUUGAUAGUAUGUGAUGAUCUUCAAAUCUAAACUAAUAAUACACUCGUGCAAACCUCUAUGACAUGCAGGUUUGCUCCUUUAUUAAUUAAUACACAUGUAGUUAUUAAAUGAAAAACUACACAUACUGUAAAAAUGCAAAGAAAACAUCUGUGCUCUAAAAAUACCAAGACCAGCACAUAGUUACGUGUCAGCACUGUGUUGUGAAAGCUGCACUAGUUUCAGGUGAAAUGACUUUCACAAGGAUCUGAAUCACAUAAAGGGAAAACACUCAUCGGGUCCGUGAACGUGCUCAGCGUACAUUUUGUGGAGAUUACUGUUUAUUUUGUUCUCUAUUGUCACUAUUUACAGUGUUAUCUAAAUGAAAUGCCAUUUUAAAGUUAUUGUUGUCAUUACCUUUCUGUAUAUUGUGUCACUGUUGCUUGUUUUGUUUUUUUUUUGCUCUCAUAUUAUACAAUGUCUAAGACAUGUGACCAUUGCUCUGCUUCUGGGAAGCAUGUUUGAAAUGUUUGCGAGUGUGCACGGUGAUGCCUGUGUAUCUGCAUUCUGAAUAUAUGUACAGGCUGUACUGUAAAUAUCUGCAAUGCUUUCUGUGCCAGCAGAUCAAACACCAUAGUUUUUCAGGGUCUUCCUAUCAUAUUGAUAUAUGCUGAAAUGUGAACCUUCCAUAUAUUAUCCUACUAAAGCAAUAGCAGACUAAAGCUUUGUGGCUCUUAUUGUUUCAGCUGUAGGCGGCGCUGCUACGGUGUUACUAUGAUAGGCUAUAAUAUUUUUACAGUGCUGGCAUAAUCCCGCGCGGAUGCCUUUCGCUGGGGAACAGUGUGACGCGUGUGUGUCUAGAUGUGUGUAUGUGAGCGAUAAUAAGACAGACAAUGAGUGAGAGUCUUUGACGUGAACCCUCAGCCGUGUGUGAUGAGGCUUCAAACCUAGCUGGGUAGGCCUGGUUGAUUUAUGCUUGACUAUUUCUGAUAAAGUGACAGAAAACAGAACCGUGGUUACUGAACGUGAGAAUAAAAAUAUCAA